CACCUAGUUCAGGUGUGUUCUCUCUCGGCCCAGCAGCUGAUUUGACUGAAACCGUUUCCUGGUUCUACUCAGUGAUUCAAACCCUGAGCUGCAGAGAGAAGCAGAACCUCAGAGGGCAGAGGUCAGAGGGUCCCGGACUGAACCCACUGAACCAGAACCUGCUGCAGACUGGGCCCAUCGACCAGGACACGUUCUGAACGCUCGGCAUCGGCACCAGGACGAGCGGCCAUCUUGAUUUGCAUUUCAUUUCCAUUUGGUGAAUAAAACCUCAAUGCAAAUGGAACCCAGCUCCAUUUCAUGAGGUCGUCUGAGGCAUCUUCAUCACUUCAUCAUCUUCGUCAUCUUCACUGAUGCUUCCUGUUUCCUGCUGAACAUUCCUCAUCACUUCUCCUUCCUCUAAACCCCGCCCCCACUCCCCACCUGACAUGAAUCCGUUCACAGAGUCAAACCUGAAAUCUCUUCUUUGUGAUGUCACUGCUUCACACUCAGACCACGCCCCCUGCAAAGAUUCCCACAGUCCAUCCGUCUCCAGUCCACCGGCCCCUCAGGUCGUCCCGACCAAUCACAGCUCUCCUCCCUGUGAAGCCUCAUCAGACCAACAUGGAGGUCAGGACGUGGUCCGAUCUCCAGACUCAGGCCUCGAGGUGACACCGGAGACGCCCCCUCCAUUCUCUGUCCCCUCAGCAAACCCUUACCACCCCCCCGUCCCCGGCCUCCACUCCUGCCAGGUCUCCAUCAUCAUCCCGUCCCCGGUUCCCCCCCCUCCUGUCCCGCCUCAGAGCCCCGAGGACUCCCCCGACCUGGAGUGCGCCAUCUGCCUCUGCGACUUCAACAACGUGUUCCGCUGUCCCAAGAUGCUUCACUGCAGGCACACCUUCUGCUUGGAGUGCCUGGCACGCAUCAACAUCAAUUCGUCCGAGCCCGGCGCCAUCCAGUGCCCGCUGUGCCGCAGACUCACGCCCCUGCCCGACCUCGGCCUGCCCAGACUGCCCACGGACUCAGACGUCCUGUCCUACCUGCCGAGCGCCAUGCAGAGGGUCUACAGCAUCCGCUUCCUCCGCAAUAAAGGGAAGCUGAAGGUCAAAAGGUCGUCAGAAAGACACCAGCGGUGGGGUCAAAGGUCGUCAAGGGAUGCAAACCACUCUCUGAAUGUGGGCCGUCCCAGUCCGUCUGUCCAGGGCCAGCGCGGGGGGGGUACGGUGGGCGGAGGUUGGUUCAGGCUGAGGGGCCAGCCGGCGUGUCACGUCUUCCUCCUGAUGUGCGUGCUGAUGAUGACGGCGCUGCUGACCGGCAUCUUCAUCUUCCUCCUCAUCCUCUGGAGGUCGACCAUCUGAAAACAACGGAGCCGUCAACAAGCAACUGUCCCUGAAGCUCUUUACAAAUUAAAAUCUCAGGUGUCAUCGCUUAAAACACAAUUUAAAAGAUUAUUGUCAAAACUAAAUUUCCAUGUGAUGGCUUAAGAGAAAAAUAUAUUUAUUUCAAACCUAUUGUCCUGUUUUUUUAUGUUCACUGUGUUUAAGGCUUUGACCUUUAAACAACCUGUUUUACUGUGUAAUGUAAAAUAAAUGAUUUUAUAUUUUUACAACUGUUUUAGCAAAACCUGCAAUGUCAUCAUGUUUGC